CUAAGUUCUGUCCUAUAAAAAAGUAUUCACACACAUUUUGUAAUGUAUUGUAUUCAAAUCCAUCAACCAAAACUAUGAAAAUUAACACCCGCAAUGCCACCAUGGUCCGCCCCGCUGCUGAGACCCCAUCCACUUACCUAUGGAACUCAAACGUCGACCUAAUCAUUGCCAGGUACCACAGCUCCAGCGUCUACUUCUACAGACCCAACGGUGCCUCCAAUUUCUUUGACCCCCAUGUCUUGAAGGAAGCCCUCGCCAAGGCCCUGGUCCCUUUCUACCCCUUUGCUGGCAGCUUGAGGAGGGACGAAAAUGGUCGUAUCGAGAUCGACUGCAACGCCGCUGGUGCUCUCUUCAUCGUCGCCGAUACUCCCUCCGUCAUCGAUGAUUUAGGAGACUUUGCUCCCUCCGUCAAUCUCAGCAAGCUUGUUCCCCAUGUUGAUUACUCCCCUGGCAUUCAUACCUUCCCGCUUCUUGUUUUACAGGUGACCUUUUUUAAAUGUGGUGGAGUUUCCCUUGGUGUUGGCAUUCAACACCAUGUCAGUGAUGGUUUAUCUAGUAUCCAUUUCAUCAAUUCCUGGUCUGAUAUGGCUCGCGGUCUUGACCUUACCCUUCCUCCUUUCAUCGAUCGUACCCUCCUCCGCGCUAGAGAACCACCUCACCCCACUUUCCAUCAUGUUGAAUACCAACCUUCUCCCUCCAUGAAGAUCCCUCUCCAUCCUGACAAUACCACCGUCUCCAUAUUCAAAUUAUCCCGCGACCUUCUUGUUGCUCUCAAGGCUAAAGCCAAGGAGGAUGGCAACACAGUAAGCUACAGCUCGUACGAGACGUUGGCAGCUCAUGUGUGGAGAUCAGUCACGAAGGCUCGCGCGUUUCCAGACGAUCAAGUGACCAAACUGUACAUUGCGACUGAUGGACGGUCAAGACUGCGCCCGCAGCUGCCCCCUGGUUACCUUGGCAACGUCGUAUUUACUGCCACACCAUUGGCCGCUGCAGGGGAUCUUCUGUCAAAGCCAACAUCGUAUGUUGCUGGGCUGAUUCAUGAUGUUUUGGCUCGCAUGGACGAUGAGUAUCUGAGGUCCGCUCUCGACUACCUGGAGAUGCAACCUGAUCUGUCAGCCCUAAUCCGUGGCGCACAGACCUACAAUUGUCCAAAUUUGGGAAUCACAAGCUGGGUCAGAUUACCCAUUUACGAUGCAGACUUUGGUUGGGGACGUCCCGUAUUUAUGGGACCUAGUGUAAUUGCAUUCGAGGGUUUGUCGUUUGUGCUACCAAGUCCCACGAAUGAUGGCAGCUUAUCCUUGUUCAUUGCUCUCCGAACUGAACACAUGAAAUUGUUUGAGAAGUAUUUGUACGAGAUAUGACAAGCGGCAGAACAAGAUUCCUCCUUUUCCCCCAGUAUGGAAACUCCUCCUGCUGAGAUAAGUAUCACGUUUUUUUAAGACUACAAUAAGUUACGUCCACAUAAGUUGUACUUAUGGUGGUUUUUAACAUUUGGAUCGGUCAUGUAUAACCUUUUGCUUUGUGUUUAUUAUAUGUGCAUGUGACAUGUUAGUGUUACACUUAUUUUGGUAUUUGUGUCAGAUAAACUAAAAUAAUGAGAAGGAAACAUAAGCGUUGGAGGCGGGUUCAAACCUAGCAUAAAAUACAUUAGAAGACUUCCCAAAAAGUCUGCCAAGAGUCUUCCGAGGUUUUUGAGUCUGCCAAGAGUCUUCUGACAGUUUCUGAGAGUCUUUCAAGAGUUUUCUGAGAAAUUUUCCAAAGUCGAACUCAUAUCUGAAAAUUCUGCAUAUACAAACUUUGGAAAACUUCCUGAAGACUUCGUGGAACGUCUUCUAGCAUAAAAUGCAUUAGAAGACUUCUCAAGAAGUCCUCUGAGAAUCUUCCAAGAGUCUUUUAAGAAGUCUUCCAAAGUCUGAUUUAGAUCAGAAAAUUUUAUAUAUUCAAAAGCAUUCAAAUA